AGCCAUGAGGCCUACACCCCGAUCAUCGAGUUCACUUAGUGAAAGCAGGUCUUCCAUUGAGACCCUUCAGAAGAACAGCAGCAGCAACUCUGGUGUUAUUCUGGAUAUCUCUACUCUUAAGAUGGCUGAUGUGGAUUCAGAGGUGCCUCCACUUCCGCCUCGCUACCGCUUCAGGGACUUGCUGCUUGGAGAUCAAACAUUUCAGAAUGAUGACAGAGUGCAGGUGGAGUUUUAUGUGAAUGAAAAUACUUUCAAGGAGAGGUUGAAGCUUUUCUUCAUCAAAAACCAAAGGUCAAGCCUAAGAAUCCGCCUGUUCAACUUCUUUCUGAAGAUACUCACCUGCGUUCUGUACAUACUACGUGUCAGCCUGGAUAACCCCAAAGAGGUCAACGGCAACGCAGGUGCAAUAUGUGGAAACAACAGUUGGACAAAUACAACAGAUUCAUCCACAAUCAACUGGGAGUGUAUUUUCUGGGUAAACAGACGGGAACCUGUGUGGGCAAUACAGGUGACAGUGGCCUUAAUAAGUUUCUUGGAGACUAUGCUUAUCACAUAUCUCAGCUACAAGGGCAAUAUUUGGGAGCAAAUAUUCCAAAUAUCUUUCCUUCUGGAGAUGAUCAAUACAGUGCCAUUUAUAAUCACAAUCUUCUGGCCUCCAUUAAGAAACAUAUUUGUUCCUGUAUUUCUCAACUGUUGGCUUGCUAAAGGAGCCCUUGAAAACAUGAUUAAUGAUUUCCACCGUGCCAUCCAGAGGACCCAUUCAGCCAUGUUUAACCAAGUAUUCAUCCUCAUCUGCACCUUGUUGUGUCUCGUUUUCACAGGAGCUUGUGGCAUCCAGCACCUAGAGAGAGCCGGCAAGCACCUCUCCCUGUUUAACUCUUUCUAUUUCUGCAUUGUCACCUUUUCCACCGUGGGCUAUGGAGAUGUCACGCCACAGAUCUGGCCCUCCCAGCUGCUGGUGGUCAUCCUCAUUUGUGUUGCCCUCGUGGUGCUCCCACUACAGUUUGAAGAAUUGGCCUUCUUAUGGAUGGAAAGUCAGAAGUUGGGCGGAAACUACAGCCGUCACCGAGCACAGACAGAGAAGCAUGUGGUGUUGUGUGUCAGCUCGCUGAAAAUCGAUCUGCUGAUGGAUUUCCUCAAUGAGUUCUAUGCUCAUCCUAGACUUCAGGACUACUACGUAGUGAUACUGUGUCCGACAGAGAUCGACAUCCAGGUUCGUCGCAUCCUCCAGAUACCACUGUGGUCCCAAAGGGUGAUCUACCUUCAAGGAUCUGCCCUCAAAGAUCAGGACCUGAUGAGGGCCAAGAUGGAUGAUGCUGAGGCUUGUUUCAUCCUCAGCAGCAGGAACGAGGCCGACCGAACUGCUGCUGAUCAUCAAACUAUUUUGAGAGCUUGGGCAGCCAAGGACUUUGCACCAAACUGCCCUCUCUAUGUCCAGAUUCUCAAACCAGAAAAUAAAUUCCAUGUGAAAUUUGCUGAUCACGUUGUAUGUGAAGAGGAGUUCAAGUACGCCAUGCUGGCUCUGAACUGUGUAUGUCCAGCAACGUCCACCUUAGUCACACUAUUGGUUCACACCUCCAGAGGACAGGAGGGACAGCUGUCACCAGAGCAGUGGCAGAGGACAUACGGACGCUGCUCGGGAAACGAAGUUUACCACAUCCGGUUAUGUGACAGCAAGUUUUUUGAGGAGUAUGAUGGAAAGAGUUUCACCUACGCCUCCUUUCAUGCCCAUAAGAAGUACGGCGUGUGUCUGAUCGGUGUGAAGAGGGAAGACAACAAGAGCAUCCUGCUGAAUCCCGGCCCACGCCACAUCAUGGCUGCCACGGACACCUGCUACUACAUCAACAUCACCAAAGAGGAGAACUCAGCCUUCAUUUUCAAACAGGAGGAGAGGCACAGCAAAGGCCUCCCAGUUACUGGACUCUAUGACGCCCCCUCAAGGCUGCCCGUGCACAGCAUUAUCGCCAGCAUGGUUGAUCAGGCUACUUCAUAUGGCACUGUAGCCAUUGAUCUGCAAAAUCCCGAUCCGCCCAAAGAAAGUGACAAGUUGACCUUGCCGACAGAGAACGGCGCUGAGAGCCGCCGGCCGAGCAUUGCACCUGUCUUAGAAAUAGCAGACUCAUCAGCCAUUCUACCCUGUGACCUCCUCAGCGACCAGUCAGAGGAUGAGACCAACCAAUCAGACGAGGAGGGGUCAGUCGGGUCAGAUUUUGUGAAAGGUUACCCCCCCAACUCGCCUUACAUCGGCAGCUCUCCAACUCUCUGCCACCUCCUACCACAAAAAGCUCCCUUUUGCUGCCUCCGUCUGGAUAAGGGCUGUACACAUAGCAGCUUUGAAGAUGCCAAAGCGUACGGCUUCAAGAAUAAACUGAUCAUUGUCUCUGCUGAGACGGCAGGGAAUGGUCUCUACAACUUCAUUGUUCCUUUGCGAGCCUACUAUCGGCCUAGAAAGGAGCUCAACCCCAUAGUGCUGCUGUUGGACUAUCCACCUGACAACCACUUCUUGGAAGCCAUUUGCUGUUUCCCAAUGGUUUACUUCAUGGCUGGCACUAUUGACAACUUGGACAACCUGCUCCAGUGUGGCAUCAUUUAUGCUGACAACCUGGUGGUUGUGGAUAAAGAAAGUACAAUGAGUGCUGAGGAAGACUACAUGGCAGACGCCAAGACCAUUGUCAAUGUCCAGACUAUGUUUAGAUUGUUCCCCAGUCUCAGCAUUAUCACCGAGCUCACCCAUCCAUCCAACAUGAGGUUCAUGCAGUUUCGAGCAAAGGACUGCUACUCCUUAGCACUUUCCAAACUGGAGAAGAUAGAGCGUGAUAAGGGCUCCAACCUGGCCUUCAUGUUCCGCCUGCCGUUCGCUGCUGGCAGAGUGUUCAGUAUUAGCAUGCUGGAUACACUGCUUUACCAGUCAUUUGUUAAAGACUACAUGAUAGCUAUUGCAAGACUUCUCCUCGGUCUGGACACCACGCCGGGCUCUGGAUACCUAUGUGUCAUGAAGAUCACAGAGGAGGACCUUUGGAUCAGGACUUACGGCAGACUCUUUCAGAAGCUUUGUUCGUCUAGUGCAGAGAUUCCGAUAGGACUCUACCGCACUGAGUCACAUGUGUUCUCCAUGUCUGAGUGCAAGCAGACCUAUGCAGAGUCUCAGGUGUCCAUCAACACAGUGCAGGGGGAGGAGCACCGUGAGUGCACAGAGUCCUGGAAGGAGAAGACAGCUUACCGAAACUCAGCCACGAGUGACCAAUCAGAGCGCCCACUUCUGAGGAAGAAGAGCAUGCAGUGGGCACGGCGUCUGAGCAGGAAAAACACCAAACCCUCCACACGAGCUGAGCGCAUCUCCCAGCAGCGACUCAACCUGUAUCGGCGCUCUGAGAGACAGGAGCUGUCGGAGCUGGUUAAGAACCGCAUGAAGCACCUGGGCCUGCCCACUGUGGGAUACGAGGAUGUUUCUAAUCUCACUGCGAGUGAUGUCAUGAAUCGAGUAAAUCUAGGAUAUUUGCAAGAGCUGCAGGACAUUUCAGAGAACCCGUAUACAGAGGGGACCGGGGAGUCAGGGCCACAAGCAGAUGAGAUGAACGACCACCAGAACACGCUGUCCUACGUCCUCAUCAAUCCUCCUCCAGACACCAUGUUGGAGCUUAAUGACAUUGUGUAUAUUAUCCGCUCAGACCCGCUGGCACAUGUACCAGAAGACACACAGGUGGGACAGACCCGUGGUGCCAGGAACCAGCAGGAGUUUGGCUCAGAGACGAAAGACGAGACUCACCUCUAAAACCUCGUCAGUCCUCAUCACCCUGACCCUUAACCCCACACACACACACACACCCCCCAC